GGCCUGGCGCACUUUGGUGACGACAACAGCGUGACGUCUGCUCGAGCAGCAGGGCGACGUCGCCGAUGUUUACCGUCCAGCUGCUGGGAAGGCGAAACAACAUCAGGAUGAACAUUUGAGUUCCUUCUUUCACACGACAUCCCUCCGUGCAGAAACAUGGCAAGCCAGCCGUCCGUCCUGAAGGAGUUCUGCACCCUCCAGCACCUGCUGCACGCAAUCCCCACCAAAGUGCAGAGAGGUUUCCGCUCGGUUCUGGUCUACCUGACGGCGGUGGACAGCAGCCGGGACUUUGUGGCGGUGGGCAGCAGCAUCGGCAUGCUGUACCUGUACUGUCGCCGCCUGGCACACAUGAACAAGUACAGCCUGGAGGGGAAGGCGGACGCCAUCACGGCCGUGAAGCUGCUGAGCUGCUUUGAUGACCUGGUCGCCGUGGGAACCGCGUCAGGCCACGUGGCCGUCUUCCAACUGGUAUCCCCGCUUCCGGGUCGCAACAAACAGCUGAGGCGUCUGGACGUGGAGGGUCUGCACAAGGGGACGGUGACGUCGCUGGUCUGGAGCACCAACGGCAUGAAGCUCUUCUCCGGGGACGACCGAGGACGCGUGGUCUUCUCUGCUCUGGACUUGGAUCAGGGCACGUGCACGCCUGUGCUGCUGUUGCAGGAGUCGAGCGGCGUGGUCCAGUUGGACUACAGUCGCCAGGUGCUGCUCGUCUCAACGCUGCACCGGUCUCUGCUCUACUGCACCCAGAAACAGGAAGUCCUGCAGCUGGGCGCCAAACCCCGCAAGAGCAGCGGCAGGUUCGGGGCGUGUUUCAUGCCGGCCCUCUGCAAACAGAGCGACCUGCAAGUGUUUGCAGCUCGUCCUGGUCUCAGACUGUGGAGGUUGGAUGUCAGAGGUCAUGUGGUGGACACCAGGCUGCUGAAAGGUCUCUUCAGUGCUCAGAUUCCUCACUUCCAGACAUUUCCUCAUGCGGGUCCAAUCGGGGCGUACCGUCCGGCAGAGCGGCAGCUGGGUCUGCUCAGCUGUUUCCUCAAAGAAGGCUGGAUCCUCAGCUGGAACGAAUACAGUGUCUACGUCCUGGACUACAUUAAUGAGGUUCUGGUGGGAGCUCUGGAGAGCAGUGGAGACAUUGUGUCUUUGUCCUGCUGUGACAAUGAGAUCUUCAUCUUGAAAGGAGACAGAGAUUUGAUCCGACUCUCAGACAGUCCGGAGGGAGCCGUCAGUGCCCUGUCAGACUUCCCCGUCCGUCUGUCCUCCCCUUUGACCCCGCCCAACAUCCUACCGCCCACCGGAUGUGUGGAGACGGCUCAGCCAAUCAGAACCAUGGCCAUCAUCGUGGAGGGCGGGGCUCUGCGAACGAGGCACGGCCAGGAGGGAGAGGAAGACGGGGAGGAAGCCGAGGAGGCACAGGAGACGGAUGAGGGCGCCCCCGUCCUCACCAGCUGCUCUCGUAGCCGCAGCAGCUCAGUGGCGUCCUGGGACAGUCUCCCUGGAAAUGCCUCCGAGCGUUACGGCACGCCCAUGGGGCAGGAAGACAUGCGGCAGGAACUGGUGGUGAAAGCCGUGAAAGUCAAGAAGAAGAAGAAGAGAGCACAACAAGAAAGCAACGGCGGCACUCGCCUGUCUGAGAGCAGCUGCUCGGACUCCAUGUUUGUAGUCCAGGAUGGCAGCUGCAGUGAUGCGGGAAGUGACCGUGCAUCCCUCCUAGGGCUGGAACUUCUCAACCAGGACUCUCCAGAGCAGGGUCACCAGCCAGAGGACAGCAAUGAAAGGUGUUCCUCCUGCACCCAAUCCAGUUGCUCGGAGAACCAGCUUGUCCCCCUCACCCCAGAUGUGGAUCUGCUGCUGGAAAGCACCUUGUCCUACACGCUCCGCAGCGUGCAGGAUGAUGUACCGGACCGACCGCCCAUUGAAGACUUGCUCCUGAGCCACCCAACGGAAUCAGAGGAUCAGCGUGCGGCGUCCCCUGACGGUGUGAAGGAGCAGAUGUUGGACUCUGUUGGACUCGCGAGCAGGAAGUUGAGCGUGUCGAGCGAGGAAGAAAACGACAUCUAUUGCCAGAGUCUGCCUCCCGCUGGCGGUGUGGCAGAACGCGACAGCUUCCACACCCAGCAGACUGAUGGAUUACCGCACCAGGAAGUGGAAGACACAUUUGGACACAAACCUGACCAGCUGGCCCAAAGCUGGAUGGGUUUCUCAGGACCUGGAUGUGGAAUACUGAGUCUUCAUGUGACCGACAGGUACGUGUGGUGUUUGGACUUUAAAGGUGGACUGUUCUGCAGUCCUCUGCCUGAAAGCAUGAGUCUCAGUUGGCAGCGCUUUGAAGACAAUGUCCACCAGGUGGCGCUCUCUCCCUCCGGUCACCUGCUGUGGAAGGUGGAGCAGAAGACCAUGACGGCGUUUGCUUGUGCCAAAGUGUCAGGAAGAGGAAAGCGUCACUGGUACAAGGCGGUGGAGCAAACCUCCUUUGUGGCACUCGGUGAUGACUCAGCCUGGGUCAUCAGGACCAACGGAGACCUCUACUUGCAGACAGGUCUGAGUCUGGAGCGUCCGUGCGCUCGCUCGGUCAAGGUGGACACGCCGUGCGUCUUCAGCCAGGUGUGUGUCAGAGGGGGCGUGGUCUGGGCCCUGAGUGAACACAACACUUUAUACUACAGAGAAGGACUUGAUGCUUUCUGCAGCCUGGGAGACGCCUGGAAGUAUGACACUGUCAGUGAGGCUCAGGGGGUGGAGCUUAUGUGCGUGGCUCUGGGAGAAGGCGGCAUGGCUUGGGCACUGGAUGUCAGAGGCAACCUCUGGUUUCGAACCGGCAUCUCUUCAUCUUCACCCCGCGGACAAGACGACCAUUGGUGGCAGGUCAGCAUCUCGGACUACGCGGUGUUCGAUCAUGGAAGCCUGUUCCAGACCUUGUUGAACGCCACACACAGCGUUGCCACGGUAACCAAGGCCCCGGUGGAGCGGGUGGUGGCGUUCUUGUCUCAGUACUCGCAGCGCCAGCCCGCCCUGGUCAGCGCCAACGCCGGUGGCGUGUGGGUGGCGUCGGGACGGAACCAGCUCCACUUGGCCCACAGCGGCCUCGUGGGAACCUUCUGGCAGAACCUUGUUCCCAGAGGAACCCUGGCAGCCACCAGGUGGACCUUCAUCACGUCUUCCCCAGUGCCACACAAAGAGGGUGCCUUCCUGUGGUUGGCUCAGAGCAGAAAGGACCUGUUGUGCGUGUGGGACGGGGAUGGGGAGCUCCGCCCAUCUUCGGUGCCGCUGCCGGCAGAGGUGGAGCUGGCUCAACUGUCAGCUUGCAGGGAUGCCCUGUGGGGACUGGACUCUCACGGCCGGGUCAGUAUUCGGACCCUGUCUCCGUCCUGUCCUACUGGACUCAACUGGACUUCCCUGGACCUCAGUCAGCUGGGAAGUGUUCGUUUGGUCAGCCUGAGCUGCGGAAGUCAGAACGUUUGGGCCCUGGACAGUCGGGGACUGGUCUACUUUAGAGUCGGAACACAACCACUCAACCCCAACAUGAUGCUACCUGCUUGGAUCCACAUCCAGCCACCUGUCCAGCCUAUCGGAGUACAACUAAUUAGUAUUCAGACGAGUCCAAAUGAUGGUCUUCUGUGGGCACUGGACAACAGAGGCGGAGUCUUCGUCAGGACGGGACUGAGUGACGACAUGCCUGUUGGGACAGAUUGGGACCUGGUUCAAGGUCUGACCGUCAGUCAGCUGCUUCUCAGUUUUCGCACGGUUUGGGUUCGAUGUGCCAACGGAGACCUGGCUCGACGUUACGGCGUCUCGGACAGAAAUCCGGCCGGAGACUACUGGAAGAAGAUCCCGGGACAGGCCAACUACUUAACUGUCACUGCAGAUGAUGACUUGUGGGCGCUCACUGCCAACGGCGGGUUGGCCCGUCGCAUGACAAAGUUCCUCCCACAAACACAGCGUAGAUCCGCCCCUUCCGGGAUCAACCUCGGCGAUGAUGACGAUGACGAGUGGGAGCUCCUCUGAUUUCAAAGUUUCCACAUCGUGCAAUUUACCGCUUCUCACUUGUCAAUCAUUCACAGCACGUCCACUACUCUCGGUGAGCUGGGGCCUAUCCCAGCUAGCUUUCCUUCCCGAAGUCUAACCUCGUCCUACUAGACGGGGCGAGCUGGAGCCUAUCCCAGCUAGCUUUCCUUCUCUAAGUCUAAC